UCACUGAUAAAGUCAUACCUAUCCUUUUGUUGUUUUCAAUAGUUGUGGUUACUUAGCAUCUUCCUUAGCUCCUAUAUUACAAGGUACUUUUACUAACUUCUUUACAAGAAAUUGAUUAUUUUAAAUUGAUUUAACGGUUUAACCUCAUAUUAAAGAAAAAACCGCCCCUCCCCCUUUGUUUAUUGUAACAUAUACCUAUUUGAUUAUUCAUAUAUUCCACAUUUUUAAAACAGCAUAAAUUAUAGCAUAAUGGUUAACGGUCCUGCUGAACUUCGUAGAAAAUUGGUCAUUGUCGGUGAUGGUGCUUGUGGUAAGACUUGUUUAUUAAUUGUAUUUUCCAAAGGUACUUUCCCAGAAGUUUAUGUUCCAACUGUUUUUGAAAACUACGUUGCUGAUGUCGAAGUUGAUGGUAGAAAGGUUGAAUUAGCAUUAUGGGAUACUGCUGGUCAAGAAGAUUACGAUAGAUUGAGACCAUUAUCAUACCCAGACUCAAAUGUUAUUUUGAUUUGUUUCUCAGUUGAUUCCCCUGAUUCCUUGGAUAACGUUUUAGAAAAGUGGAUUUCUGAAGUUUUACAUUUCUGUCAAGGUGUUCCAAUCAUUUUGGUUGGCUGUAAGUCUGAUUUAAGAGAUGACCCUCAUACUAUUGAAGCUUUAGCUGCUCAACAACAACGACCAGUUACUUCCCAAGAAGGACAAGAAGUUGCCGACAGAAUUGGUGCAUUCCAAUACUUGGAAUGUUCUGCCAAGACUGGUAGAGGUGUUAGAGAAGUAUUUGAAGCUGCUACCAGAGCUUCCUUGAGAGUUAAGGAAAAGAAGGAAAAGAAGAAGAAGUGUGUUGUUUUGUAAUCGAUUUUUUUUUCCUAGAAAUUGAUUUGAAUUAAUAAAUGAAAACUUUUGUUAUAAUGUUAUCAACACCAACCACCUCCACCCCACCCCACCCCCCACGCCGCCUCACCCCACCUCUACUUCUCUUUUUUGUUUCUAUGGUUUAAAUUUUCAAGAUCUUGUUGACACUUUUUGAUAGAUGGGUUUUGGAUUAUUUUUAACUAGUUUUUGUUUCUUGAAUAUGAUUAGAUUAAUGCUAUACGAGCUUUACACUGUAGUAUUUAUUAUAAUAU